GAUCUUCGACAAUCCACCGCCUUCCCAUCAUCGUCGAAGCCACUAGAUAAAUUAAGGUAAACACAGUGGGACCUCAAGGCCACGGUACAAAGAAAAACAAUUUGACAUGGAUUGUACAUGAAGAAGGGGACAGGUAAAAAAUUAACAAUGUAUUUAGUUAAGUGGUUUUAGUUGGUUCCAUUCUGAGUUUGAAAAUGCAGAUAGGACAGAUCCGAAAAAGUUUGUAAAUUUAUUUAUUUAUUUAUAUACGAGAAGAUACAUUGGGGGUUAACAGAGAACAUAAAAAUUAAGUCGAUUUAACAUUCUUGUAAAACCACUAGAAACCAAAACCAUUUCUUGCAAAAAUCUGUAGAUCAGGCAAUUGAAGGUUGAAAGUUGAGAUCCAAGAGCUGGAGCUCAGCCCCCAGCAAGCCCAAAUAGGCAUGUACAACUAGACACACAUGCUCCUGUGUACUACAAACACACGUAGCUAUGGUAAACGUCAAAAGUUCAAGAGGAUGCUGUGAGUAAAAUUCCAGCUGACUGUAGAUAAGUGACCUGACGAGCUGCAGAGAGAGCGGUGCUGCAUGAGCCGCCAGCCGCUAACAUACACCACACACGCAAUCACUCACACGCACGCACUCCGCUCCCCUACCUCCACAUGCCCUCACACACCAUCCUCACUAAGAUACCAAUUACUGCAUACGGUCCAAGAUCAGUCUUACUAGGGUGCUCAGUGGCACUGUGUGUUAUAUAAACCUAUUAUUAUUACUUCUAAACGAGAGCAGAAUUUAACUAAUUUGAGAAAGUGGUGAGGUAUGAGGUGCGAGCAGCGGAGAGCUGAAGAAGGCUGGCGGGAGGAGUGAACAACGCCAGGAUCACGCCUAAUGAACAACACACACACAGGUCCGUCGCUGGGGUACCCGUGCAAGGCCCGCCCCAGACCCAAGAGGACCCACAGGCCCACCAGAGUACGGUUAGCCCAGAGCGUCGUCCGGGACAGUCUACUUGACACUUUCUUCCCAUUGAAUCAAAAUCAACUUGAUGGUUGUGACGGACCCAGCUCCACUUCUACAAGUGGCUUUUGCAGCUUGGACGAGAGCUCGGAGGCACCAUCGACGACCUCGCCUUCACCAUUCCUGUUGGGCGAGGAACACUGUGUUGAGAAAGAACGCCAAGAAGUCGUUCUUGCUGGACCCUUUGAUGGAGAUGGUGGUGUUGGUGGUGAUGAUGGCGACGGUAAUAGUGAUGGUAACGGUUAUGCUCAGCUCUCGGAUGAUGACGCAGUGGGCAGGAAAAACGAGCGAGAAAGCGGUGCGGAGAGAACGACAAGUGUGGAGGGAGACGCAGAAAUAGAGCGAGGGAGUAUAACCAACGAAGAAAGAGAAGAGAACAAACUAGUCCAAGAUGUCAGAAAACAGGUCCCAGAAGAUGACGAAGUCAUGACCAGCAGGAGUACUAAUGUUCAAAGUCUGGCGUCGUUUUCGUCGGGACAUCUUCCCCUCUCCGUCCCCACCGUUAGUGCCACUGCUGAGGUAGAGUGCCAGGGGGAUGACAAGACUAAGUACCACCUACUUCUGGACUUCAGCGGCGGCACUUUAGAAAGCGACUCCUCUGCCGACAACGAGAAUCCUCCUGAUACGGCUGGGGACACUCUCUUCACCCUGAAGAGUUUUGCCGCUGAAGACGUUCAAUCGCCUUGUAGAAAUGUACAGGGUGACGAGGCCUCAACACUCGAGCAACACCCGGGUAACGAGGCCUCAACACUCGAGCAACACCCGGGUAACGAGGCCUCAACACUCGAGCAACACCCGGGUAACGAGGCCUCAACACUCGAGCAACACCCGGGUAACGAGACCUCUACACUAACGAGGUCGGUCAUUGCUAGAACUAAGACACUAAAAAAGUUAUUGAUGCAACAGAUAUUGGCGCGUGUUAAAACAUUCAAUGACACAUCGGAGGCGCUCAGAAAGGGGCCGAAUGACGACACAAUAACUAACAUCAAUUCGUUGAAUGAUGAAACAGUAGUACACGAAGUGACACAAAAUGAAGAUAAUGAAAUAAAUGAACAAACACAAAAAGAAGAUGGUUCAUUAAAUUUGAGAAUACCUCUCCUCAGGAAUUGCGAUCAGUAUUCAACACAACCUUAUGAAAGAAUUCUAAAGAAAUCCUCUCUGGAAACGUUAUCAGCAAGCCACCCGCCAUCUGAGGAUCCCACGGGAAACGGACAUCCAGAAAUUGACGGAGCCUCUCAAAGUACAAAUUCAGGGACUCGUCUCAGAAGCACUACAAAUUCUGCAGCCGGUGCUGUAACAUCAGCAGAGACCGUUACCAGCGGCAACGACUCGCAUGAUAUUGACAUGAACGACAAGGAUGCCACAGCACUGAGAAAUAGCAAACUGGUUGAUAAUAUCGAGUAUCGAGUAAAAUUUCGACAACAUAAUGAACGGAGAACUAAAGCCGGUCGUUUAGCCCCGCCAGCCAAGCCUCCCAGGAGUAGACACUCGAGCAAGACAGUCUCGUCUGUGACCUCCCUCACCACUGCGACCCGCCGAACGCUCCUGGACACCAGGCAAUUCACUCCCCAAGAGGCUCUGGCUCGCAUAUUUCAGGAUAGCCAGGAACUUAAGAAGUCAGAUGAAACGGUCACUAGACAAACUGAAGAGGAGAACCGACACCCAUUCCAGAAUGAAGAUUACAGAUUAGAUUUCAAUAAAAAUUCUGCCGAUGGUAUUACAUUAGGAGAUAGCAGUGGCAUGAGUACUAGUCUUCGAUGUAGUCCUGUCGUAUCUCAUGUUGCACAUACCUAUUACGAAGAUGAUAUAUGCAAUACUACAACAGAAACUGCCGACGGCCUGAGAGUUCUGCACAAGCCUCCCUUGCUGAGUGCAACCGACAACAACACGCUGCAUUCCCAUCGAAAUCGAAUUAAGUUUAGCAGAGCAGGGUUCGUCAGGAAGCGGGUGAAGGAACCUGCCUCCGGCUCCACGACCCAGACGACCCCCAGACCCCAGCCACAAGGCAGCGGAGACGGCGGCAGCUGCACACCCAACAAGCCGGCACGAACCAGCCUCCACUGCCUCACCUCCGGCAGCCUGGAGAAGGACCAGGAACCAUGCCCGGACCACGGCGCGGCGCUCAACUUCUACUGCGUCAAGUGCCGGGUGGUGGUGUGUCGGGACUGCACGGUGGUGGCCCACCAGCAGCAGGAGGCCCACAGAGUCCUCGACACCCCAGAUUCCCUUGCCACCCUACGCACCGAGGCCGUCACGCUCCUGCGUCAUUAUACGCUUCUCAAGUCCCUCCACGAUACGCUCACGCAAGUUUAUUCCAAGUACAUCUCGUACUCUACGCAGACAACUGUGAACGAAGCCAUCUUCUCCAGCCUACGCUUGAAGGACUGUUCGUCCCUGGCGGAGGUGGUGCAGGAGGUGGAGGAAGUGGUGGCAUCCGGCCGGAACCUGAGAAGGAUUCGUCAACAGCUGCAGGAGUGGGAGAAGCACCAGCAUGACUGGGACGACCUCGUCUUCCUCUCCUUACGCUGUUCACUCCUCGCCAAUCUCGCCACAGCCACGGACAAAGUCUACCUCAGGAUGGGGGACUGGGUAAUGCCAACACCGUGGGUUCACCUGAUCCACCUUCUCCAGCCCUACCUGUCGGAGAGUCCGCUCCGCAGCCGGGACGUCCUUCAGGUCUCCCCGUCAGCCAGGAAGCGGAGCCCGAGCCCAGGUAAAGGGAGACCUUGUGGGGGCGCGACGGAGGAGCCCUUCCCCCACAACGCCCGCCACGCCGUCCUCUCCACCCUCGUCCCCUACAUCAUCUUCAACCCGGACAUCAGAUACUUCAUCCAAGUGAGUGACCACGAGCACCUGGACAUGACUAUGAUCAUGGUGCCGGCUGAAGACCAUAUAAGAGAGUACCUGAAGCGCCGGCGUCGCGUCGCCACCAUGUCUCCGGCUACACUACGUCAAAAAGGCUUCGCUCCCUGUGAAGACACAUUUACACUGGUGGAGAAGCAGCUGAUGAUGGGUGGGAAGUACAGGACACGCCUCGUGGCUUCCUACUCAACAGUCGGCGCUUCUGGGACACCGUCCGCCCAGUUGGCAGUGAAAGUUAGCUUCCCCGGUGUGCAGGUGGUGGACGGAGGGUACGGGCUCCCACCUGCUACAGGCGGAGUGAAGCGAGGGGACGUGAUAGUGAAUUAUGACUCUAGCGGGCGUCCUAACCUGUGUGUGGCAGUGAGAGACGUGGGGGACAUCCCUGCCCUCCGCCUUGGUCGCGUCAUACUGGGCUUGGACGGCCUCACCUGCAUGGUGGAGGCCGAGGACACAAGGAAAACAGAAAAUACUAGCUUGCGAGCCAAGUUCAUGGCGACUGUGAGACGAGAAGAGGAAGCUGUGUAUCAAGUCACAAUUGGGAUGGAUCUUUAACAGUUUUAUUUGGUCGUCUUCAAUGCAAUGACCUUUCACUUUAAUAAAAUUGUACAUUGCUUGCACUAUCUAGUUGGAAUAAAAUGUCAGUGAUCUAGGUUUUUCGUCCGAGGGGGGAGGGCAGUUUGGGACUGGAUAAGUUCUUAAUAACUAUGCAGACUACAUCUACAAAUUCUAAGCUAGCGGUUGUCUCUACAAAUCAAAAAUCAUUCUGGUUAAAAAGUAUUAAACAAAUGUGCGCAUAUUUCA